GCCGUGGCCAAGCACGAUUACGAAGCUCGGAACGACACUGAAUUGUCCUUUAAGCGGGGAGAUCGUCUCAAAAUCUUUGACCAGCCUGACUUGAGCUGGUGGACUGGAGAGCUCAAUGGUCGCGAAGGCUUCAUUGCUGCUGCUUAUGUGACGUUGGAA